UUUCUUCUCCAAAUAAACUCCCUUGCGCUGCUCUCUCUUCUUCUAAACAAAAUUCGCCUCUUUCCUUUUUGUUGAGAAACAUCAAUGGCUUCCUUAGAGGCGUGUAAGGAGGGGAAGUUGAAAGAGGAACAAGAAGCAGAAUGCACUCAAGAUGGAACUGUUGAUUGGCAUGGCCGCCCUGCUAUCAAAGCUAAAUCUGGACAAUGGACAGCCGGAAUUAUCAUUCUCUUGAACCAAGGUCUGGCAACCCUAGCGUUCUUUGGGGUCGGGGUGAACUUGGUGCUUUUCCUGACAAGAGUGUUAGGACAAAACAACGUUGAUGCUGCUAACAAUGUCAGCAAAUGGACCGGCACUGUCUAUAUCUUUUCCCUGGUUGGUGCUUUCCUCAGUGAUUCCUACUGGGGAAGGUACAAAACAUGUGCCAUCUUUCAAGUCAUCUUUGUUAUUGGUUUGGUGUCGCUGUCACUGUCGUCGUACCUUUUCUUGAUUCGACCGAAAGGCUGCGGGAAUCAAGAAACGCCGUGUGGUUCACAUUCCGGCUCAGAGAUUACGCUGUUUUACCUCUCCAUUUACUUGGUUGCACUAGGGAAUGGAGGGUAUCAACCUAACAUUGCUACAUUCGGGGCUGAUCAGUUUGAUGAAGAUGACCCUAAGGAAGGGCACUCCAAGGUUGCCUUUUUUAGCUACUUUUACCUAGCUUUGAACUUGGGAUCCCUUUUCUCCAACACCAUUUUGGGGUACUUCGAGGAUGAAGGGAUGUGGGCGCUUGGAUUCUGGGUGUCUGCUGGUUCUGCCUUGGCAGCACUUGUCUUGUUUCUGGCAGGAACCACUAGUUACAGGCACUUCAAACCAAGUGGAAAUCCACUCUCCAGGUUCUCGCAAGUCCUAGUGGCUGCAAUAAGAAAAUGUAGCGUCGACAUGCCAUCAGAUGCCGACGAAUUGUAUGAUGUCGAUGGGAAUGAUUCGUCCAUGAAUGAAAACAGAAAGAUACUACACACUGAUGAAUUCAAGUUCUUGGACAGAGCAGCAUACAUAGGUACGAGGGAUGUUGAUGAGCAGAAGAAGGGCACUCAGAGCACAUGGCGUCUCUGCCCUGUUACACAAGUGGAAGAAGUUAAAUGCAUAGUAAGACUUCUACCCAUUUGGCUUUGCACCAUAAUUUACUCGGUCGUCUUCACACAAAUGGCCUCCCUAUUCGUCGAGCAAGGCGCUGCGAUGAAAACCACCGUCUCGAAUUUCCGGAUUCCACCAGCAAGCAUGUCUAGCUUUGAUAUUCUCAGUGUAGCACUUUUCAUAUUUCUUUACCGACAAGUUCUCGAUCCACUGGUGGCAAGUCUUCGGAAAAAAGGUGCCAGGGGACUUACUGAACUUCAGAGGAUGGGCAUCGGCCUUGUUAUAGCCGUAUUAGCAAUGGUUUUAGCCGGGAUUGUGGAAUGCUAUAGACUAAAGUAUGCCAACAAAGAUUGCAUGCAUUGUGAAGGCUCAAGCUCCCUGAGCAUCUUUUGGCAAGUUCCCCAGUAUGCAUUUAUAGGAGCAUCUGAAGUUUUCAUGUAUGUCGGUCAGCUCGAGUUCUUCAACGCUCAGACACCGGACGGAUUGAAAAGCUUCGGCAGUGCACUUUGCAUGACAUCUAUAUCACUAGGGAAUUACGUUAGCAGCUUGCUAGUAACAAUGGUUAUGAAGAUCUCGACCGAAGAUCACAUGCCAGGAUGGAUACCGGGCAACCUCAACAAGGGUCACUUAGAUAGGUUUUACUUCCUCUUAGCCGGUCUAACAACAAUCGACUUGAUCGUCUAUAUAGCAUGCGCCCGGUGGUACAAGAACAUCAAGCUGGAAGGAAAAACUGCAGAAAACAUGGAUGAGCAAGACAACUUUAAACUGUGAGAUAGUAUAAAUCCAUGCUAAAACAUAUGAAUAACGGUAUAGACUAAAAGAAUAAUGAGGAAAUGGGUAGAAAGGGUUAGUCACCAACAUCUUGUCAAAGAAAAGUGAGACAUUAUGAGGCAGAGAAUUUCUCUCAACUCUCUUGAAUUCCCUUCACUUUAACACAGUUUUAUUGUCCUAGAUGCUGGGUCGGAGAGCACAGGGCUAACCUUUUUUCUCUAUUAUUUGAAUGGUUUGUAUCUCGUUGUAAAUUGCAGUAUGUUAUCUGCUUAAAAGAGCUAUUCUCUUGGACUUGGACUUCA